GUUGAAUCACAUUCGUGGUGCAAUGUGUCACGAAGAUCUCCGAACUGUUGCUGGUGUGAUAUAUGUUUCAUUUCGUGAGGCGUGUUAUGCCUUGGGGUUACUGGAUGAUGACAAGGAAUUCAUUGAUGCUUUCAAGGAAGCAAGCUUUUUCUCAUCAGGCUUUUACAUGAGAAUUUUAUUCGUUAUUCUUUUGUGGACGGAGUCAAUGUCUAGACCCGAAUCUGUAUGGCAACAUUGCUGGAGGUACAUGGCGGAUGACAUACAACACACACGAAGACGAUUGUUGCAACAUCCAGAAUUGAUUCUUUCUGAUGAGCAAUUGGAGAAAUUAGCUUUGGCUGAAUUAGAGAAAUUGUUGCGAGGUCGUGGAAAGAGUUUGCGAGAUUACCCUCCGAUGCCAACGGUUACGAUGGAUUCACUGCUUUCUUCCAAUGACAGAAUGAUAUACGAAGAGUUGAGCUAUGACCGGAUCGCAAUGACUGAGGAACAUGCAACAUUGGUCGGUUCCCUGACGGAUGAGCAAAUGUGUGUAUAUGAAACGAUAAUGCAUUCCGUGGAAGAGGAGGUAGGAGGUGUUUUUUUUGUGUACGGGUAUGGUGGGUCUGGAAAAACAUUUGUUUGGAAGACGCUUUCUGCCGCCCUUAGGUCUAAGGGUAAGAUCGUCCUUAAUGUCGCAUCGAGUGGGAUUGCUUCCCUGCUGCUACCCGGUGGACGUACUGCACAUUCUCGAUUUGCGAUUCCAAUUAGUUUGAAUGAAGAUUCCACCUGUAAUAUUAAACAAGGGAGUCCUCUUGCUAGACUUAUUGUACGAUGCAAACUUAUUAUUUGGGAUGAGGCUCCAAUGUUACACAAAUUUUGUUUUGAGGCAUUGGAUCGCAGCAUGAGGGAUAUAAU